AAAGAAAUUAUCGAUUGCCCUGAUUUGCUAGUCCCUUUAUAUAAUGCAAUUUUAACAAAGCCACUACUUUGUCACGCUAUCUGCUUGCAUCGAAAUGUGAAACAUAUCGUUGAAAUGGAAAACGGAAAUCAAGGUAGAGGGAUGGAAAAUGCAGAAAACAGGCCGAGCAGUGUAGUCGUUCUUGAUGCAGGAGGACAGUCUUGCAUGGCGAUUGAAAGAAGAAUACGUCAAUUGAAUGUCAGUAGUAUCAUUCUUCCUUUGGAAACAUCAGCAAAGACAAUUGAGGCCAAAGAGUACAAAGCUGUUGUCAUAUCUGGUGGACCUAAAAGUAUUAAUGACCCUUCCUCUACACAAUGUGAUGCUGAAGUUUUCAAAAUUGGAGUUCCGGUGCUUGGAAUCUGUUAUGGAAUGCAGGCCAUGAAUGUCUUACUUGGUGGUAAAGUUGCUGAAGGAAAAGUAAGGGAAGAUGGACAAUUUAAAAUCAAGGUUAACAGUAGUUCUGACUUGUUCAGUGGACUGCAAGAACGACAAGAAGUAUUAUUGACGCAUUAUGAAGAGGCAAGCGACAUAGCUCCUGAUUUUAAAGUAACUGCAACAAGUGGUGAUAUUAUUGCUGCUAUUGAGAAUCAAUCGAAGAAAUUAUAUGGCGUCCAGUUUCACCCUGAAGCAGACCUAACUGAAAAUGGAGAGUCAAUAAUGCGAAACUUCUUAUUCAGAAUUGCAGGCUGCCAUGAAGAUUUAAAAUUUACUAGCACAGAAGACACAUGCAUGGAGGAGAUCAAGAGAGAAGUUGGACCAGUGAACAAAGUUCUUGCUUUGGUAAGUGGCGGUGUGGAUUCAACUGUUUGUGCAGCAUUGCUUCACAAGGCAAUUGGACCUAAUCGUGUUGUUGGUGUUCACAUUGACAAAGGAUUUCUUAGAAAAAACGAAAGCACACAAGUCGUGGAGUCGCUUUCCAAAAUAGGACUUAAAAUGAAAGUUGUAAAUGCACAGCAUACGUUCUAUAAUGGAUCAACAGAAAUAACUCUCAAACGCAAUGAUAUAAACAUUCGCCAAAAUACUGGGCCACUUCACAGCGUUUCAAAUCCGGAAGAGAAACGAAAAAUCAUUGGGGACAUGUUCGUUAAGGUUAUGAAUGCGACAAUCAGAGAUCUUAAUUUGGAUCCAAAAAGCACAAUGGUUGCUCUUGGGACCACUCGUCUGAAUCUUAUCGAAAGUGGUUCAGCUCUAAUCAGCAGAAGGGCUAGCAAAAUAAAGACACAUCACAAUGACUCUGAGAUGUUUCAAGAGCUGCGUCAUCAGGGGCGUGUUUUAGAGCCUUUAAAACACCUUCAAAAGGAUGACGUUUGUAAACUUGGCAAGAAAUUAGGACUACCUUCAGAUAUCGUCCAGCGACAUCCUUUUCCUGGCCCUGGAUUGGCAAUUCGUGUUUUGUGUGCAAAUGGACCAUUCAUGGGCGACGAUUUUGAAGAUACUAACACCAAACUUGGAUUGAUCGUAAAUUACUGCAUUGCAGUCAGCAAACGCCAUCCUUUACUGACUGAGAUACAGGAACAGCUAACUGAAGAGGAGCUAAAAACGUUGAAGGAAAUAAGCUCAAAGUUUUCUGUUGGGGCGACGCUGCUUCCUAUUAGAUCAGUUGGGAUUCAGGGUGACUGUCGCACAUACAGUUAUGUUGCUGCAAUCUCAAGUGACUCUCCACCUUCAUGGUCAUCACUUAUGGUAUACGCAAAAAUUAUACCAAAACUUUGCUUUAACAUUAACAGAGUUGUUUACCUUUUCGGUUCGAGAUUACUGCAUCAACUACAAGAAGUUACUCCGACUUUUCUAGUACCGAACGUUGUAGACACAUUGCGCAAAAUAGAUUAUCUGGCAAAUGCAACUUUGCUAGAGAAUGAUAAGAUGAAUUGUGUCAAUCAAAUGCCAAUAAUUCUUGUUCCAUUACACUUUGACCGCGAUCCCACUAUGCGGCUGCCUUCAUGCCAUCGAUCUGUGGUAAUACGGAUGUUUAUUACAAAUGAUUUCAUGACAGGCAUCGCAGCAACACCCGGCAAGCAGAUACCUGAAGAGCUUAUUAUGAAGAUUGUGGAUAGAGUGAAAUCUGUUCCUGGUAUAUCAAGAGUUAUGUAUGAUUUGACUUCUAAGCCUCCUGGUACAACUGAAUGGGAAUAAUCCAUUUCCAAAUUCUCAAAGAGUGCAGAAAAAAACAAAAGAUUUGAAGAUGUUCAAAUUGCAUUUAUACAACCAUACUACUUACUAUUCUUCAAGAAAAGUUAACACAGCUCUGUCUAUAAAGUAUUGAGCUGUAUAAAGCAGACCAAUUAACAGUAAUGGUAAUAUCUAAGGUGUGCUUAAAGCGCUUGCAUAAUUGUCAUAUUUUUGAAUGACUUUGAAUGGAUUGAUAAUUAGUGCUUACAUGUUUUUUUGUCUAAUUCCUAUCUGGGUAUGAUUAUAAGAGUGCAAAAUAUACUUGGCCGAAUUCACAGCUUUCACUAGACUUUUAGAUGAAUGGUUUGGGGAAAGUGUUCAUCUCAAUUUUUUAAAAACAUAAUAAAUUUGUAGCAAGGAACCUUAAGUUGACUUUAAUACAGAGUUCAAGUUUUGUGUAUAAAGUGCACGGGAAGUCAGCUUUCGUAAUCAGAUAAGGACUGAAAAGAUAAAGUCUUGAGAAAUAAUUGGCGCACUUGCAUGCGAGGCCCCUUAAACGCUAUGCCCUCGUGUCGAACAGUAAUAAGGGCAGAUCAGUGUGCAAGAGCCAAGACUUUUCUGUAAGCUCAUCAACAAUCAUUCAAAACCAGUGAACCUGUGCUGUGCUGAUGGGAAACUUAGGGGCACAAUUAUAAGUAAAGAGCCAUAGGGGCUAUUGUAAAGAAAUUAUCAAAAGCAAAAAGCGAAAAACAGUUUAGCUUCAAAAACCUUGAGCUUAAGCUGGUGGGUAUGCAUUCAAAAACGAUGUCAAAGAAGAGGGUCAUUCUCAAAAUUAACUUUCAUUAGGAGGGAGCUUGACUGGUACACAGAAUUAAUUAUAUGAAUAGAGCUAAAAGAACAGUGAUUCUUAGCAAAAUUCAAAUCUUUCAUUGGCCAUAUGUCACCCA